AUGGCUCAGCCCGAGACGGCCCUCUCUCCUCACUCUCUCUCAUUCUUUCUGCCUCGAUUGUCUCAAAAAAAAUAUAUUCUUUCUGCCUCGAGCCCUCACCCUGUCUCCAGCACCGCCGCCGCCGACCAAUCCCGGCACGCUCCGCCGCCUUUCUGCACACCCACAGCUGCGGCCACCGCUGGGACUUCGUUGUUCCAGGUCGCCGCCGCGCGUGGCCGUCGUCCCCGCGCCGGCGCGAUCCUCUCCUUCACCUCCGCGGCCGCGGCCGCCCCGUCGUCUUCGUCCCAAGGGAGCCAGCGCAAGGAGGAGCACAGGCUGGACUGGUGCUACCUGCUGGACGAGGACAACCGCCACAUCUUCCUCCACGAGCUACACCCCCUCCUCGCCCAGGCCCAGCAGACCACCACCACCGGCAGCAGCAACAAUGCCUGUGUCGUCGCGUGCGGCGCCGCCGCCGCCAAGGACCACCUCUUCAAGGGGUCGCAGGACCAGCCGGGCCUGGUCACCAUCGCAAUGGAGGAGAUCCUCCAGUUCGCUGCAUCCAUCAGCGGUGCCGUCAAGGUCUCAUCCUACCUGGUGGUCCAGGACACCCACAUCUUUGAUCUGCUGGAGCCCAAGGAGCAAGAGGUUCUGGUGCUGGAUGAUGCCCAGGGGAAGACCCAUCUCAAGGGCCUGUCCAAGGUUCAUGUGAAGUCAAUUGAGGAUUUUUUGCAGUUGGGUUGUUUUGAUGGAAACCAGGACAAGCAGCAACCCGCUAAACCUUUUUCUACCCAGCAGCGACCAACUAAAGCUUCUUCUACCCAGCUACCCACCAAGGGGCAUCAAGGGCUCAUAUCUAGCUCUGAUCAGGACGGCAAAGAACGUGCUGUGGCCAAGAUUAACUUUCUCAGCCUCACAGACUAUGUAGAUCCCAAGCAGAAAACUGGCAGUGCUCUGUCGAGCAACAAGACCAUGUACACCUUGAUGAAUGUCGUGCAAGCGCUCAACAGCAACCAGAACUUUGUGCCCUAUAGGCAGAGCAAAGUUACUCGUAUUUUGCAGGAUUCUUUGUGCAAGACGAGCGGGGCUGUGGUGAUCGCCUGCUUGGAAGAAGUUUCCUGCCAAGAUACAAUCUCUACUCUUAGCUUGGCCGCACGCUCUAGUCAAGCGGCUAAUGAGCAAUGCCGCAGAUCCGUAAGUGUUACAAGUUUCAAAAGAGCAGGUGUUAACUCAUCUGCAGUUGCUAAAAGCUCCUCAAGGCCAAUUCUUUCUUCUAUGCACCAACCAAAUCCCGUGGCAGGGAAGCAGGAUCUGCCCCAAUGGAAUGUGGGCGUAGUAAAAGCAAUUGACAAUAAGAGGUUAACACCUAGAGUCUUUCGAGCAAUGAGCAGCAAACUGCUGCCGCCGGCGGCUCUGCCAAUCCCCUCCAUGGCCACUACCACCACCCUUGCUACCGCCGCCGCCGGAACCACCACCAUAUCCUCGCUCGGCCAAGAUCAACUCCUCGAGAUCUUCCUCCGCCUGCCGAGCUUGCCGGCCCUCGUCCGCGCCGCGCUCACUUGCCGCUCGUGGCUCGGCGCCGUCCGCUCCUCCCGGUCCUUCCGCAGCCUCUUCCGCGCCCUCCACCCGGCGCCCCUCGUCGGGAUCUUCCUCGAAAUCAACGAGGGCAGCGUCCGCUCCUUUGCCCCCUUCUGCCGCUCAGAUCCCGACGUCAACGCCGCACUCCGCCGCGGCGACUUCUUCCUCACCUCCCUCCCUGCGGAGGACGACGACGACGAGCACGCGUCCUGCUGGAGCAUCAUGGACUGCCGCGACGGUUACAUCCUCCGGUGGAACAUGGUGUCCGUCGCUGUCGUGAACCCCAUGACCUGGGCCGUGGACAUCAUCCCGGUGCCCGAGGAUGCUUGGGAAGUGAGUGACCGUAAGUUCACCCUUUGUUUCCAUCUGCAGUUUUCAGAGAACCCCUGGCCGUUCCACGUGGUCUGUGUGUGCACGCAAGUGUCUAGGGUUCGUGCCGCCAUCUUCUCGUCGGAAACGAGGGAUUGGGACGUCCACUCCUGGAUGGAAAUCGGUGGUGAAUUCAACAUGCAAGACAGUGUUACCACUCUGCUGGGUGGUUCUAUUUAUCAGUCUCUCUGUGGCGAAGGACGCGCGAUCAGGAUAAACAGAGCCACCAUGGAAGUCUCCUCUCUGUAUCUACCCUCGCUGGCAACGGACGGUGAUUCCAUGGUUGGGGAUACCGAGGAUGGAAAGCUCUGCAUGGUCUAUGCAUCAACUGAUGAUCUUCUCCAUGUUUGGAUCCGCAGCGGGGACGGCGAUGGGAUUGAGAGCUGGGUGCUGCAGGACAUAAUCUCUUUGAGGGCAGAAAUUGAUGAGGAGUGGCAGGACCAAGUCAGAAUUGUGGAAGUCAGGUCUGGACGCGUGUACUUCUCCAUGACGUGCACACGUGCUUUCACAGAGGACAGCUGGUUCUUCUACCUUUCAAUUAAGACCAUGAAGAUUGAGUUCCUGAUGCAAGGCAUGUCUCAUGACAAUGCAUAUCCAUAUACUAUGGCUUGGCCUCCUUGUUUGAUUGGUGAUGACAGGAGCACUGAACAUGAAGUCCGCGGUUGUUUGCUGAAGUCCAGCAACCCCACCAAGCUUACUGAACAAGUGCAAGCCCUGCAGAGGGACAAGGAGAUACUCAAGGCCAGUCUAAACAAAGCAGAGGAGGACGUAAGAUUACUCAAGACCAGUCUAAACAAAGCAGAGGAGGACGUUAAGUUGCUAUUCGAGGAGAACAGAGCUCUUGACGAAGCCAACAAGAGGCUGCUGUGCUUGCUGGAGAAGGAGCAGAAACAUCGGUCUGAAACAAAGCAGCACUCUGCCACUAAUCCCACCAAGAAGUGCAAGUCGUCGAGCCCCGUCGGGCUGGCCAUCGAUUUCAACAGUGCGGAUGCGUCGAGGCAGCCCUUGCAGCCAAACUCUCCAGACUGCAGGGUGCAGAAGAAGUGAAGCCGGCCGGGCUGUGGCUUCAACUGAGCAUCCAUCCCGUAGCUAGGCAUCGUCCAGGCUGUGGCUUGCUGGGUUAAUUUGGUUGGUUCUUGUCCUCUGUCAUGUAGCCUGCAUUUUCCACUUCCUUCUUCCGCUUGUCUUGGUAGCUGCCUGCCUGUGUCUUAUCAUGAUGCUUUGAUGAGAAAAAUUAGGAGUGUUAUCAUACUAGUUUCGUGUCUGUGAUGAGCAUGCAUGUAAGAGACUGUUAUGGUAGCUCUAGCUGAUUCGACCAUUAUCAUGUCCAGUUGAUCAUGUCUCCAUAUUAUUUCUCUAUGU